AUGAAAAAGUAUGGCAGAAAAAAUCCUCCUGAUUAUGAUCUUGGCAAUGUCAAGUUACCAGUGUAGUUGUACUAUGGCACCAAUGAUAUAAUUGCCGACGUGCAGGUUUGUAUAGUAUUAAUUGCGGAUAUUCAAUUGGUCCUGAAUUUUUCAAUCUUCCUUGUCAAUGGUUUUACAGAACGUUCAGCAGUUAUACGAAAUAUUACCCAAUGCUGAGAAAUUUUUAAUGCCAUGCGACACUUUCGCGCAUGUCGAUUUCGUGUGGGGAAAGCAUGUCAAUACUUUGCUAUACAAUAAAAUUCUGAAUCUUAUGGAGCGUUAUAGAAAUUAGAAUAUUAAUUAUUACUUAUGUAACGUGUUUAUCUUUGAUGCUUUUAUAUUCUAUCUAUACUAUUAUGUUAAUAGAAAUAUGAGUGAUGACAAAUUUCCUUUUGUGGCUCUUCCAUUACAAAAUCCUAUCCAAUACACAAAUUUCAAUAUAUUGUAAUAAAUAAUAAGAUUAAUAAACACACGAAUCUAAAAUUUUAUAUUUCGCAUAUCUCUUCUGCUCGUCCCUAACAUCUUAAAUUUUCAAAUCGAGGUUAAUUUGAAAGUUCAAAAAUUCUUUGAAUGCAGUAUUCAUAAUUGAGCCUCUU